UACCACUUCCGGUGACAAUAUGGCGACUGUAUGUAGCUUCAUUGAAAAGGAGCAGAAGUUUAUUAAUUUUGAAAUUACUUCCCCUGAUUUAACAUGAGUGACGAAGAAGUGGGCCUUCUUGACGAGGAAAAGGACAAAGAUCAGAUAAAGGCGGAGCUUUCAGAAAUGAGUUUCGAGGAUUUACAGAAGCUCAAAGAGAAAUUAGGAACGAAAGUGUACAACGAAGCGGUGUUCGGUCCAAAAAGGCUGCGGAAGGUAGAGUUCAAGCGGGAGAAUAAGAACAGACCCCGAGAAAUGUCGUCGAAGAAACCUGUUCCUCGCUUCAGGGAAGUCGUACAGCUAAAGAAACACAUACCUAGGGAUCCGAGGUUCGACAGUCUCUGCGGCACGUUCAACCCGAAAAUAUUCAAGAAAGCUUACGGCUUCCUCAGCGACGUGAAGAAGGAUGAUAUAAAGAAACUGAGAAACGAGUUACAGGAAACCGACGAUCCGAAGAUGAUAAAGAAAAUCAAGUAUCUGAUUCAGCGGUUAGAGAAUCAAUUACGCGAAGAGCACAGGAGCAAUCAAAAGGAGCAGAAGGUGUAUCAGGAGAAGAAGGAAGUGGCGGAAGCGAUUAAGAGAGGAGAGAAGCCUAACUUCAAGAGGAAAUCUGAGAGAAAGGUGCUAGAUCUGGUGUCGCAGUACGAGGAACUGAAGAACUCAGGGAAACUAAAGAAGCACAUUCAAAGAUUACGCAAGAAGAAUCUUCGCAGGGACAGAGAGAAGUUAGCGGCGGAUACGGAAUGAAAACAAGAAGCAGAAGAAGAAGAACAACAACAGGUGUACAUGAAAUUAAAAUUUAUACGAAUCGAACAUGGCUGGAAUAAUUACAGGUGUACAUAAGCGUAAUAAACACUACCGACACU